AUGAAACAGACAGUAUCCCAGGGUCUGUCGGGAAGUCUGUCUUUCAAUGAGCAAGGCUUUCGAAAAGAUUUCAAUCUGGGAGUAUACUCUAUGGCACUCGACCUCGGUCUGCAGAAGAUUGGCACCUGGUCCCCGGCCACCAAGUUUGUCAGCGUCCAUGCCAGGCCGGCUGCACAAGGUCAUGGCCUAGAUGAUUAUGAGCCCAGGGAUGUCAAUAGCUCCAUGCUUACAAUCACUUCGAUACUGACGGCUCCAUUCUUGAUGAGAAAGGCGCCCAAAUCUGGGGAGCCUCCACUGAUGGGAAAAAACAAAUAUGAGGGCUACUCAAUGGACCUGGCCACAGAGCUGGCCCAGGAGGUUGGUUUCGAUUUCGACAUCCAACUGGUCAAGGACGGCAACUUUGGCAGCCGGGAUCCCAUCAACAACACCUGGAACGGGAUCAUGGGGGAGCUCAUUUCUGGGGAAGCAGACUUGGCAGUGGCCCCGUUGACUAUCACGGCGGAGCGGGAGAGGUACGUGGACUUCUCCAAACACUUCAUGGACCUGGGCGUCACCAUCAUGAUCAAGAAGCCGGCCAGCCAACGACCGGGAGUCUUCUCCUUCAUGGAGCCUCUCUCUGUUCACGUUUGGAUUUGCAUAAUUAUCGCCUACAUCACAGUAAGCGUGGGGCUGUUUUUAGUUUCCCCUAACUACCAUAAUGACUUUUCCAUCGUCAACUCCUUCUGGUUUUCCAUGGGAGCCUUGAUGUUCCAAGGAAGCGAUAAUUGUCCCAGGUCUGUCUCUGGCCGGAUAAUCGGCGGCGCCUGGUGGUUCUUUGUCUUAAUCAGCAUCUCCUCGUACACGGCCAACCUGGCAGCCUUCCUGACAGUGGAGAGGAUGGUGACGCCCAUCGACUCGGCAGAUGACUUGGUCAACCACCCCACCAUCAAAUAUGGCGCUCUCAAAUCUGGCUCCACGCUACAGUUCUUCACCCACUCUGAGGUCCCUGUCUACAGACAGAUGGGGAAAUACAUGAAGAGCCACCCGGAGGUUCUGGUUGAGACCAACGAGGAAGGCAUCGAGAGAGUGCUUCAGUCAAAAGGGAGGUACGCGUUUUUGGCAGAAUCGCCACUUGUUGAUUACCGGAACAACCGUCUGCCCUGUGAUACCAUGAGCGUUGGGGGCAAUUUGAAUAACAAAGGAUUCGGAAUUGCUACUCCGAGAAACUCCAGAUUAAGGGACCCUGUGAACGUGGCCGUGCUGAAGCUGAAGGAAGAAGGCACUUUAUACACGCUCUACCAGAAAUGGUGGGUGGAGAAAGGACAAUGUGGAGCUAUGCAAGGCAACAAGGCAAGAUGUCGCUGUCACUCAGUAACCUGGCCGGUGUGUUCUACAUUCUCAUUGUGGGUCUGGUGUUGUCUAUUCUUCUUGGCGUAG